GCCGCUCUCGCUGUGCCGUGAGGCGUGUUUUAUUUUCUCCAGCAGAGCUGUUAGAUUAACCCGAUCAUAUUUAUUACAGACUGUAAAACAAAGAAACAUCAUCACCAGCAGGAGAGCGCGGUUGUUGACGCAGCAGUGCUGUCUGUGAAGAGCUCCGGGUCGGCCAGAAUAUUCUCUAAUGGAUACUCCUGAAAGCCCUACCCAGUCCCCUCAGUCUCCGGAGGAGGAGAAGGACUUUUCUGACAGUGAACUGCUGGAUUCUCCUGAUGAAGAGGAGGAGGGGGCCAUUUCAGACAGUGAGCUAGUCCAUGAAGAGGAGAAUGGGGGGCUUGAUGAUGAUGAUGAAGAGGAGGAGGUGGCGCAAAGCAGAGGAAGAGUUUCGGAAUUAGAGAAGGAGAGGGAAGAAGAUGACGAGGUUGUCCCUGACUUUGUCUCUGACCCAGAGGAUGAGGAACCUGCAGGAGAAACAGAAGCGAUGGGACAGGAGGAUGGGAGUAUUUUGCUGAUGGAGGGGGAUGAAGACGGUUCGCAGGGGGACCAGUUGGACGGGGAGGACGAGAAGGAUGAAGAGGAGCAAGAGGAUGGGGUCAUUGACACCCCACAGUCUCCAGACUCAGAGCCAGAACAGGGCAAGAGCUUCAUUGCUGAAGAGGACGGAGAAGAUGGGGAGGAAGGAUAUUGUGACUACAGAAAGGACGAUUCAGCAGAUCCCGAGACAGCUGAGGUUGAUGAUGAGGAGGAGGAGGAAGACAAAAGCAAGGCCGAGGAGGAAGAGGAGGACGAAAGGAUGAGAGCUGAGGAAGACGAGAGGAGGAGAGCUGUCGCGGUGAGGGAGAUGAAGGAUGACUCGGCGUCUGUUUCCCGGGAGCUGGAUGAGCACGAGCUGGAUUACGAUGAGGAGGUCCCAGAGGAGCCCAACAUCCCUGCACCCGAGGAAGAGGACGAUGAGGAAGACACAAAAGUGGAGGGAGAAGAAGAGGAGCGUGAGGAAAAGAGCAUUAAGAAGAAGGAGAAGAAACCAAUCCUCCCCCCAUCUCCUAAAGACAGUGAAUUCAAGAGGACAGGUGACUCCAAAGGGCCCGAGAGGAUGCGCAGAGACUCCUUCAGAGACAAGAAGAAGGAUGAGGAUGAUGGAGAGAUUGAUGAAGGAGAGAUUGAUGACGAUGACCUGGAGGAGGGUGAGGUCAAAGAUCCCUCAGACAGGAAGAUCAGACCACGUCCCAUCUGCAGGUUCUUCAUCAAAGGAAAUUGCACUUGGGGUAUGAACUGCAGGUUCAUCCACCCCGGAGUCAAUGACAAAGGGAACUAUUCCCUCAUCACUAAGCCAGACCUCUUCUCACCUAAUGGAGCGCCUCCUGGAGGACCACACCCACUCAUACCCAAUAAUCCCUGGGCUGGACCUGCAGUGGAGGAGCUCCCUCCACCACCUCCUCCAGUGGAGCCUCCUGUGGAGAGUGCCUGGGAGCGAGGUCUGAGGCAUGCCAAAGAGGUGCUAAAGAAGGCCACCAUCCGUAAGGAGCAGGAACCGGACUUUGAGGAGAAGCGUUUCAACGUGACCAUCGGAGAGGACGAGAGAGAAUUUGACAAAGAGAACGAUUUCUUCAGAGAACGCAGCUACCGCAUCAUCAGAGAUGAAAUGGAGUUCAGAGAUCCUAUAUAUGGUGAUCCAUAUGCUGAUCCAUACUAUGACUAUGAAAUGGAGGCCCUAUGGCGAGGCGGCCAGUAUGAAAACUUCAGAGUGCAGUAUACAGAAGCUCCUCUUCCUUACCACUACACUGAGCGUGAACGUGAGCGCGAUCCUCGGGAGCGUAACCGGGACAGAGAGAGGGAGAGAGAUCACCGUGAGAGGGAGCGCCGGCAGAGAGAGAGGGAGAGAGAACGGGAGCGCGAGAAGGAGAGGAUGCGACGGAAAGAAGAGUGGGAGAGAGACCGGAUGAAGCGGGAUGAUAAGGAGAGGCCGAGGAUGCGUCCUCCUCGAGAUGCCAGGGAGAAGAAAGAUGAGGACAAACUGAAACCACGCUCUCCCCUCGGCCUGCCGCCCAACAGGCCGAUGGAACCUCCCUCAAAGAAAGAGGUUGUUCCAGUUAUGAGGCGACCAGAUGAGUGGAAGGACCCAUGGCGUCGGUCCAAAUCCCCCAGGAGACGCCCUGGGCUCGGCUCCCCACCACGAGGCCGCCGGCGACAUCGGCCCUCAGGCUCCUCUGUCUCUCUGUCCAACUCCUCCCGGUCUUCGUCUCGCUCUUCAUCCUAUACAGGCUCUGGGUCAUCUCGCUCCCGCAGCCGCUCCUCCUCGUUCAGCUCCUACUCCAGCCACUCCUCCCAGCGCAGCUCUUUCAGUGGCAGCCGCUCUAGGUCUCGAUCGUUCUCCACAUCCCCCUCACCGAGUCCAGCAGCACAGAGGACUGCUAAGAACAAACCAGAUCUUCCCCCGGUGUUAACUAAAGGCAUGCCGCUGAAGCCGGGUGCGAUGCCCCCUCCUCGCAGGGAAAAGCCUGCCAUGAAGAAAGCUCCCAGUCCUCCUCCACCUGGUGGACCGCAGGGCAGGCCUCCCAAACCCCUGCCAGAGGGAGGGAAGCCUCCCCCCAAUCCACGGGAGGCUGGAGGUGCAGGUGGCGGGGCAGGCAGCGGUGGAGCGGGGAGACCCCUGCCUCCAAGAGAACCUGGAAAACCUCCCAACCCAAGGGAAGACAGGCGGAAAGAACGGCAGCAGCAUCCUCCACGGAGGCGAACUGUGAGUGGGAGUGUUAGUGGAAGCGCUAGCAGUUAUACUGGUUCUAGCUCCAGAUCCAGAUCCUCCUCCAACUCCCUCUCCCGCUCACGCUCGGGAUCCAGAAAAUCCAGACUGACUGUUGGGAAACCCUCCAGAAAAUCCAGAUCGCUGAGCGUGAGCAGCGUGUCAUCGGUGUCAUCGGCAUCGUCCAGCAGCAGCUCGGUGCGUAGCGCAGACUCCGAUGACAUGUAUGCUGACCUGGCCAGCCCGGUGUCCUCUGCCAGCUCCCGCUCGCCCACACCAAAUCAACCUCGCAAGGAGCGAGCGCCGCCGCGGGACCGGCCUCCACAUGGCAGAGACAAGAUCAGGGAGAGACCAUCAAAGAAAGAUGAGCCUUUCAGGGAGGACCGCAGGAAGAUGGACCCAUCUGGUGCCCCGCCUAGAGGAGGCAACCCUAUGCCCAGAUCAGGACCUGGUAGCAGGGGUGGCCAUCCUUUACAUCCCCCACCUGGCGCCAUGGGCCCCCCAGGAAACUACGGAGGUUCAGGUUCCCACAAAGACAUCAAACUCACCCUUCUCAAUAAGCAACAGGGAGAUAAGGGCAACAGAAAGAGGUACCUGCCGUCAGACAAAGACAGGCCAAGUUCCCCCCUCAGCAAGAGGAUGGCCAUGUCUCCAGACAGAGUCCGUGAUAAGAGGAUUCCUGGCCGACCCCCACUCUCCCCUCGGAUGGAGCGGCCCAGAGGCCAAGGGCCCCGACCCAUGCCUUCCCAGGGAGACAGAAAACGUCCCCUGUCACCACCCCCCAAGUCAUCUGGAAAAGGCCCAGCGGCGCCAUCGGGCAAGCCGGCCGCCCCGGGCACCACUUCGGCCGCCGGCUCCAGCUCGGGCUCGGGCUCGGGCUCGGGCUCCAGCUCCAACAAACCCAGCAACACACUGUCCCGCCGCGAGGAGCUGCUGAAACAGCUGAAGGCUGUGGAGGACGCCAUCGCCCGGAAACGAGCAAAGAUACCCGCCAAAUAAACGGAAGCCCGCUCCUCGCCCGGCGGCCUGCCCGUGCGGCCUCGUGAGCCGGGGCAACAGUGGGGACCGUGGGAUUGAGCGUUUUUCGCUGCCUUCAAUGGACGUGUAAAAAUGUUGUAUGGUUCAUGUAUAAAGGCUAUUGUGUAAGUGAACAGGAAGUGGUUUGGCUCUCCAUUCUAGAGUGUUGUUCACUCCCAUAUGCCCGACUUAAGCUCCCCGUAGAAGUCUUUGAAUGUCUUGGCUGCAGUUCACCUCAUCAACGAGAAACGGGAGGAAACAUUUGAGCAUUUGGUGAGGGAGGGACAUCUCAGGAAUGGAGUGUACUUUGUGUAGACUUCACAGUACAGAAACAGAACUUGAUCACUUGCUGCUCACUCUGUUCCUUCAGUCAAAAGGAAGCAUCUUCCUCAUCUGGUGUUAUGAAUAUAAGAUUUAUACACAUUGAAUCUACUACUUCUGUCCGUCUGUCUCUGCCCCCCUUUUAUCGUCUUGUUCUUUCACAUCUUUUCUUUAGUUUCCUCUGUGGGCGGUGUGACUGUUGGGUCAGCUCUACAGGGGACUGACAACCUACAGGGCUUCACAACGCUUCUUUGCAUAAAUCUACAAAUUCUUGAGCAUCCGUAUUUGGCCCCUGUCAGCGAUCACGAGCCCAAGCUUUGUUCAGAGGGGGGGCCAUGUUCAACCAAUGACUCGUCUGCGUUCUGUGUUUUAGGGCAGUGUCCACUGUUCACCUUGUACAAUAAUAGCAAGUCAUCAAAUUCUUUCGAACGUAUAAUUAUAGACAGUGAUGUGAAGUAUUGCUUUUUUUUUUUUUUUUGCUUUUUUUUAAAAAAAAUCGACAGCAUUUUGUUUUCUUCUUAGCUCUUAAGUGAUAAACCGAUGUUUUAUUUGUGUCACAUUUUUAGUUGAAGUGUGAGAGGUGGAUCGGGGACAUUUAGAGACGAGAUGUCUUGCUUUUGUGACAAAAGCCUUCUAAAUAAACUAUUUUGAUAAAAAGAA